UGUAUCUCUGCCUGGUUGCGCUCGUGUUCAUGUAGCUUUUUCUCUUCCCCUCGCAGCCGCUCGACUUCACACGGUUCAAAGUUACAUCAGGAUCCAGCGGUGAGACCAGGGAUUUCUGCAGUUCCACAGACGCUGGGAGGCAUGAUGUGUAAGAGACGUGUCCGGCCGUGGAGCACAGCAGGCCCGCUGCCUGCCCUCCAACACUGGGACUGAGGAUCUGCAAAGGACCAAGGAGCCCUCUGCCCUCCAGUGACUAUCACACCAGGACUUCAUCCUCCUACACGCCUUCCUCAGCAUCCCCUCAGCUGUCCUGUGUUUGUUUUAAGUCGAUUCUUGAACUGGUUUUUAAGGAGUACCUUCCUAGAAGCGUCCUCAGUUUACCGUGGAUUUUAUCAAGCAACCAUGAGGAGCAGCAGGUCCAGCCUCCUCCUGGGCUGCGUGCUCCUCUGCUCCGCCUCGCUGCUCUAUCUGGGCAUGAGCGGGAUCGAGUGCCCUCAGAAAAGCCACCGCUACAGGUGGAUGGAGCUCAACAUGGCUUCGGCCAAUCACAGCUUGUCCCUGACAGAACACUUCCCAGAAGACACGCCCCUGAUUUUCAUCGGGGGCUUCCCAAGGAGCGGCACCACACUGAUGCGGGUCAUGCUGGACGCCCACAGUCACGUGCGCUGCGGGGAAGAGACCCGAGUGAUUCCUCGCCUCCUGGCCAUGAGGGCCACCUGGAGCCGCUCUGUGAAGGAGAGGAUACGUCUGGACGAGGCCGGGGUCACAGACCAGGUGUUGGACUCAGCUGUGAGAGCGUUCCUGUUAGAGGUGAUAGUCGGCCACGGAGAGCCAGCUCCUCGUCUCUGCAACAAGGAUCCGUUCGCUUUGAAGUCUCUCUCAUAUCUGUCCCGCAUCUUCCCCAGAGCCAAGUUUGUUCUCAUGCUGCGAGACGGACGGGCGACCGUUCACUCCAUGAUCUCACGCAAAGUCACCAUCUCUGGCUUCGACCUGACGAGUUACAGAGACUGCCUGACGAAGUGGAGCAGUGCGGUGGACACCAUGUUCAGUCAGUGCCAGGCGGCAGGAGAGGGCCGGUGUCUGCCCGUACGUUACGAGCAGCUCGUCCUGCAUGCAGAGGAGGAAAUGAGGAAGUUGCUUCACUUCCUAGAUCUGCAGUGGGACUCAUCGGUGCUGCACCACGAAGAGCUGAUAGGAAAGGCUGGUGGUGUGUCCCUGUCUAAGGUGGAGCGCUCCACUGACCAGGUGAUGAAGCCGGUGAACACAGAAGCGCUCUCUAAGUGGGUCGGGAACAUCCCCUCUGACGUGUUGAGCGACAUGGCUGAAAUCGCCCCCAUGCUCGCUCGCCUGGGCUACGACCCCCACGCCAACCCCCCGGACUACACCAGACCCCAACCUGCUCUUGCUCCUUUCAACUAUUCUCAGAGUCUGAAGCCAACAGAGACUCCACACCCCAGCUAAGCGAGGAGAAAACUUUGCAAGUGGAUGCACCUUAAACCCGGACCCUCCGGUUCAGCAGUACUAAUGUCACCUCACAGGAAUGGUUUUAAAUGUUCCAUGUGUAUUUUUGAAUCAUUUGUAAGACUUGUAUGCGGUCUUGAGAUCAGUGCACAGGUGGUGUGAGUGAAACACGGACUGAUUGGUCGAUUUGGGUUUAUAUCUCAGCUCUUAAACCACGGGGGUGACCUGUUACAGGGAGUAUGCUGCUUCUCCUCUGACCUCGCGACAGUAUUGAUCAGCAUCUCGACGCGUCCUCUCACCUUGUACCUCAAAGUAUUUCAACAUGUUUGUACUUUGUUAUAAUUCGCCACAAAUGUGAAUGUGUCAUCAUACAAAUCUCAGUCAGUGUACAUGAAGCAUAAUGACUGUAUAUUUUUGAAGACGUAUGUUUAUUUUCUUAAUAAAUUAUUUUGGUGUUGAUCAUU